CGGUCAUAUUUCCGGUCGAGUGAAAUUAACGGUGGAUCUAUUUCCUGUUCGGUACCCAUGCGUAUGAUGGCUAAACUAUAAUAACAGAAUAAAGUAGAUUUCAGUACAUUAAUAAUUCACCAUGGAAAGUAUUUUAGAGCAUCAGCGGCGAUACCACGAGGAGAAAGAGAGACUUAUGGACGUGGAAACGAAAGAGAUGCUGACGAAGAAAAACACGCUGAGAGACCAUAUUAAUUCAGAUCAUCGAGUCAGAGCUAUGCUGGAUAGGUACAUGGAAGUGAGUGCAAACCUCAAAGACUUAUACGAAGACAAAGAUGGUAUGCGAAAGGAUGAGCUGAAUGCAAUAUCUGGACCAAACGAGUUUGCUGAAUUCUACAACCGCCUCAAACUUAUUAAGGAGUUCCACAGGAAACAUCCCAAUGAGAUCUGUGUGCCCAUGUCAGUGGAAUUUGAAGAGCUUAUGAAAGCCAAAGACAACCCCAGUGAGGAGGCACAAAACCUGGUGGAGUUCACUGAUGAAGAGGGUUAUGGACGCUACCUGGAUCUCCAUGACUGUUACAUGAAGUACAUUAAUCUGAAAGGAGUAGAGAAACUGGAAUACGUCACAUACCUGUCCACAUUCGAUCAGCUCUUUGACACUUCCAAAGACAGGAAGAAUGCAGAGUAUAAGAAGUAUCUGGAGAUGUUGUUGGAGUAUCUUCAGGAUUACACCGAUCGUGUCAAGCCUCUGCUAGAUCACAACGAGCUGUAUGGAAAAAUCCUGGUGGAGUUUGAGAAGAAGUGGGAGAGUGGGUCAUUCCCAGGGUGGCCGAAAGAGACGAGUAGUGCAUUGACCCAUGCCGGAGCCCAUCUGGAUCUGUCUGCCUUCUCAUCCUGGGAGGAGCUGGCGUCUCUGGGUCUGGACAGAUUGAAGUCCGCUCUGAUGGCUUUAGGUCUCAAGUGUGGAGGUACACUAGAAGAAAGGGCACAGCGUCUGUUCAGCACUAAAGGCAAAUCUCUGGAGUCUCUAGAUUCCUCUCUCUUCGCCAAAAACCCCAAAGCCAAGGGACCAAAGAAAGACUCAGAGCGCAACAAGGAAACUGCAUUUCUUGAAGCUCAGAUUUAUGAAUAUGUGGAGAUCUUGGGGGAGCAGAGGCAGCUGACCCACGAGAACGUUCAGAGGAAGCAGGCGCGUACUGGAGAAGAGCGCGAUGAAGAGGAUGAGGAGCAGCCCAGUGAGAGCGAGAGUGAAGAUGAAGAUAACGAGAUCAUUUACAACCCCAAAAACCUGCCGCUGGGCUGGGAUGGGAAGCCUAUUCCAUACUGGUUGUACAAACUACAUGGUCUAAACAUCAACUACAAUUGUGAGAUCUGUGGAAAUUACACAUACAGAGGACCCAAAGCCUUCCAGAGGCAUUUUGCAGAGUGGCGUCAUGCUCAUGGCAUGCGCUGUUUGGGUAUUCCUAACACUGCCCACUUUGCCAACGUCACCCAGAUUGAAGAUGCAGUGUCUCUCUGGUCAAAGCUGAAGUCACAGAAAUCAUCAGAACGCUGGCAGCCAGACACAGAGGAGGAAUAUGAAGACUCCAGUGGAAAUGUGGUAAACAAGAAGACUUAUGAAGAUCUGAAACGACAGGGGCUGCUGUAGAGCCCCAUCACAUUGACAAGAACUUGUCACAUACUGGCAUUGUGAAUACUGAAGCAUGAUUGUUUCUUUAAACUGUAGAGAGCUUAGUCCUUGUCUUCUCUAGAUUUUAGGAAUGUGAUGUAUUUUUUGAGUAAUGUCGAUUUUGUAUGUUUUUAUUUCAUUUUAAUCAAUCCCCAUUUCCCCUUCUCAAAUAUGACACCGAAUACUUUCAUUAUUCAUUAAAUUUUAGCACAUUGUUCAAAGAAUGUUUGGUGUUUGGUCUGUUUUGUUGGUCUUGAGACUGAAUGUCUAAACUUGCUGUACAAUUGAAACAUAUUUACUUAAGUUAUGACAUACUGUCUUAAUAUUAAGUAAAAGUGCAGUAGGGAUCUGUCACUAUAAUAAAGGCUUUAUAUUU